AUGACAUCCCGCUACAUCAAUGCUCUGGACUAUGCUGAUAUCAAUGCAAAGAGGAUCUUGAAGAAACAUGCAAAGAAACGCCCCCUCGGGGAACUUGAGAGCAGAUUGAGGUACACUCCUGCUCAGCCCGUGUUGUCAUGCCGUACUGUAGACAUUGAUGUGAGCGGGACACGGACGUAUCGUUCACGGUCCACCACAGAUAUCAUUACAGAGCAGCAUAAACUCAUCCACAACCUAUACACCAGGACCAGUCGUAAUAUAACCUCAGCUCCUAACAGAAGGAAUGGUGUCAGCACCAGGACAGAUGAUGAAUUUGCCAGGAGACAGAGAAUCAACAUUGAAGUACAUGGUCGACCUUUGACUUCACAGUCUCAAUCUUCCUUACAACACACAAAUCGGGCCCAUUCUUCAACGCGUCGUCCCAAAACAACUGGAAAUCUUAAGAAAGUCUCAUUUUUGUCUCACGAUUUGAGCAUCAAUCAAAACACAAAUGCUGAAUAUUUGGAGACAAGUCGUGAACACAAAAAACUGACAGAUAAAAUACAUGAACAUUGGGACCCUGGAAACCACGAUUUAAACACUGGAACAUUUGUCAGAGGUCAACAGAAGCCUGAUGCUCCACCAAGUCUGGAGGCUGGCUGGCUCACAUUUGGCGGUGUCAACAGUGAAGAGGCCUCUGGUGUCAUAGAUGCUUUUGCUCAAUUAAGAGACGAUGAGGAGUACUAUAAUAUUGAAGGAAAAGUUGGAAGUCGGGUUGCACAACAGUUACAGAAAGGAGACAAAAUUCGCGUUGGAAUCAAUGGCCGUAUCCAAUCUGAUGAUCUAAAGGUGAAACGCCAAGACAGCUGUCUCAGCAGGCAGUCUUCAGAAUUUGAGAAAGCUGAUAAAGAAAACAUGGAAAAAACAGUUAUUCCCCUUUGUUGGGAUGAUGAACUGACAACAUCAAAAGUGAUAUCACCAAGGGAACAAAAGGAUGAUGGUCCCAAACCAGUGAUGAGUGAAACUCACCCAGUAAUUUAUACACAUGAGAAAAAUGAAGUAAGGCGUCCUAAUCUGACUAAAAAAUCCACAAAACAAAGCCCACCGAAGCCUCCAGAGGGAUUUAAGAUCAAACACAGGAAGAAGUCUCGACAGAGUUUGGAUGGUCAGGCGGAUGAGAAGAUCAUGGUAAUCACAAUAGACCAGAAGUCUUCACUAGAGGAGACUAAGCUACAGGGGUUGUCUGUUGAUGAUGUCCUCCAAAACAAACUCAAUGGUAACAAGGCACCCACAGACAGUGUUAGUGACAUGGACAUUAGUACAAUACAGGACAGUCCCAGAACGGGUGGUCGCACCCCCUCAGAGGACACGUCACGAAAUACAGCCAAAAGUAAUAUAUCAGAUUCUGCCCUAAGUGUAGAGCCUCUGAGAAUCACAACACCCAAAUCUAAACCUGUAUCACCUCCUUAUGUCUCCAAGAAUGUACCGUCAGAUUUGAUUGUUGGACCGUCGUCAGGAAACUUAGCUGGACGAGUAAAGUCUGCUUCCUCUACUAGCAGAUCAAGUCGAGGGGGAAGUGAACGAGGCAGUGCCAAGUACCACAAUAGGCCCACCCCACCAAAACCCCUCCACACUUUCAACACUCCAUCCUCAUUUAAUGUCUAUGGCACACGUGGUGAGACAGAGUUCAUUCAGAUCACAUCACAAAUUCGUAACCCCAAUCCCCCUCCUCCUGCUCCUCACUCCAGCCCACUUAAGGAAUCAUAUCUAGCACAGUCAUACAGUGAUGAGGCCAUUCGACAAGUGGUACAACAAAAUAUACCUGUAACAGAAGAAAACCACCAGCAAGCACCAGCAUCUUCCCCAGACAUCCCUGACAUUUGUCCAUCAAAGCAGGAGGAAGAAAUGGAGCCACCUCCCCCAACCCCACAACCUGACCUCCGCACCACGAGUCCAGGGAGCACAGGUCUAGCCAUAAGCAUUCCCACAGCCGAGGAAUUUUCUGACAGAGAUUUUGAUUCUACCGUUAAUUCUCCUUGGACUAGCCAACGAGAAAAUGUAAUUGGUAUGGAGAAUGACCCUCGUGGUACCUCAAAAAGGGAGGCUGCCUACAGAGACUCUCAGAUUGAUCAGAUUACCUCCCUUUUGAAGGGAGCAAUAGUUGUUCCUACUGACAAGAAUAGUUCAUUUGUUGUUGAAAAAUCGGUGAAAUUUCAGGAAGGUAGCUAA